GUGCGGCACUCUUCACGGUCGCGGCGGCGUCUGCCUCAAUCUCUCCGCCACUCCUCGCACACAGCGGCAGCGCUUCAUCCUCCUCCUCAUCCUCAUUAUCAACAUCCGUGACCGAGGCCUCGAGUUUGGUGGCCAAACCUCUGGCGGGGACAGGGACGAUUGUGGAAAAAUACGUGGCUAAGUUGAAACCUUCUGCGGCCGGCUGCAAAGGUGCAUCGGGAAAAGCCGUCGUGAAGCUCGUGAG